UUUUUUUUAGAAAACACUGGUAGGUUGACAAUACGAGGAGAAAAACAAGACAGUAAAACAGAGGGAGAAAUUAGAGAAACCCACAUCAUUCAAGAGGACAGGAUUAUAGAGAUGCCUGCAACAACCACUGCCACCUCCACAACACCUGCUACAACAACAACCAGGACCGAAAGUACAACAACAACUAAAACUACUACCACUGAACACGUACCAUCAACACUCUCAUCCACAGAUCUGGGACCUGAAGCAGGCAACAAUAAUAAAGUAAGAGAAGGCACAUGUGAGGGCACCAUCGCAUCAGUCGAGGCACCAAAAAAGCAUCACAGUUAUGGCCGCAAUGAAGGCGCCUGGAUGAAAGACCCCGCAGCAAAGGAUGACAGAAUCUACAUCACCAAUUAUUAUUAUGGCAAUAAUCUAGUGGAGUUUAGAAACCUAGACAAUUUUAAACAAGGUCGAUGGAGCAACUUGUACAAGGUCCCAUACAAUUGGAUUGGUACAGGGCAUGUUGUAUAUCAAGGAGCCUUUUAUUAUAACAGAGCUUUUACAAAAAACAUUAUCAAGUAUGAUCUGAAGCAGCGUUUUGUAGCAGCCUGGACACUCCUUCACGAUGUGGUAUAUGAAGACACCACUCCAUGGAAGUGGAGAGGUCAU